CUUUUGUGGAUGGCAGUUGCAGGAGAUUCUCAGCUUUGAUUUUGAGAUGAUGGGAUUGGGAAACGGGCGUCGCAGCAUGAAGUCUCCACCCCUUGUCCUGGCUGCCCUGGUGGCUUGUGUCGUCAUCUUGGGCUUCAACUACUGGAUUGCAAGCUCCCGGAGCAUGGAACUACAGACCCGAGUCUUAGAGUUGGAAAACAGGGUCCGCAGGGCGGCCGCAGAGAGAGGUGCUGUGGAGUUGAAAAAGAACGAAUUCCAGGGCGAGCUAGAGAAGCAGCGAGAACAGCUCGACAAGAUCCAGUCCAGCCACAACUUCCAGCUGGAGAGUGUCAACAGGGUAUACCAGGAUGAGAAGGCAGUUUUAGUGAAUAACAUCACCACAGGUGAGAGGCUCAUCAGAGAUCUGCAAGACCAGUUGAAGGCCCUGCAGAAGAGUUACGACAGGCUGCAGCAAGAUGUCAUCCAGUUCCAGAGGAACCAGACCAACCUGGAGAGGAAGUUCUCCUAUGACCUGAGCCAGUGUAUCAACCAGGUGAAAGAGGUGAAGGAGCAGUGUGAAGAGCAGAGAGAAGAGGUCACCAAAAAGAGAAAAGAAGCUGCGGCUUCCAGGGACCUGGGUGAAAAAAACAACCAACAUCAGCAGCUCCAAGUCCUCAGUGAUUCCCAACCCAGACAGCAAGAAGUAGGCCAGACACAAGCCCAAGUGCCACAAGGCAAAGAACAUGCACUUAGCAAUGGCAAAUUUCCAACAUCAACCCCAAGUUCUGAGGUGGUUAUGGAUUUGAAGAGAGGGAAGAAAGAUAAAACCAACAAGAUCCAGGUUGUCAUCGAGGAGCCUGAGGGAGACAGUCUGGGGCUGCCCCAAGAGCCAGGCCAAGGACAGGCUGUGGAAGACAGACUUGGCACAGAAGGCUUUGUGGGAGCUGGUAAACUUGGCCAAACUUCUCAAGCACCAGCUGUGCUGCUGGCAAGGCCUGCAAAUAAGGAGCCUGAAGAUCCUGAGCGGGAACAGCUGGUUAUCCAAGAUGGGCAGGUGGAGCAGGGCACUUUGGAGGAAGGGAAAAAUGAGCACAAACUGGGAGAUGAUGAGUACAACAUGGAUGAAAAUGAGGCGGAAUCUGAAAGAGACAAGCAGGCCGCCCUUGCAGAGAAUGACAAGAACUCAAAUGUUUUUAAUGCUGAAGAUCAGAAGAGAGAUACCAUAAGUUUACUUGAUCAACAUGAAAAGCAGAAUCAUACACUCUAAAUCAAAACUGGAAUUACAUAUUUCAUUGCAGAACUGAAGAGAAACUACAAAAUAUGAGUAACUCAGUACUCACAACUGAAAUUUGCUGUAAAGUGUAUUACUAAAGAUGGAUGUUGUGGAAUCGUAGUAUAUAUUGUAUGUAGGAAAAAAUGGAUCUGUCAGAUAUGUUUUCGUAAUAUGCCUGUAUUAAGAUAUGAAAAUUGGUGAAACUUUUUUGGCUAAUAGGUAGUUUUUCCAAUAAUGGUGGUGAGUGACUACCACUUCUUUAUUUUGGUAUACACUAUAUACGGGGAGGGAAGAGCAGCCUACAACAGAGCUCCUCUGAUACAAAGGAGAAAUUGGCUACGCAGAGAACUGUAUGGGUUUCCUCUGGUGUCCUCCACAUUGCAAGAAUUUUAAAGAGCGACUAUUUGCAUAGUAUUUUGUAACUCUUAUUGUACCAAACAAGUAAAUGACAUGUAAACAUUUGUGGUUUUUACUAUACUUCAUAUUCAUGAGCAAAAGUGAAGUUAUCUUGGUCUCUGCUAUUAAAAUGACUAGCUUUCAGACUUCCAACAUAAGGGGCUGGUUCCAGGCAUGUCUAGCACUUGCAAGACAAAUGUUGGAAUAGAUCUGCACUUACUUUAAAUAAAAAAGUUAGUUAUUGAAGGUUACAUGCAGUGAGAAAUUGAGCAUGUUCAGCAAGGGCAAGAGACACUGUACUUCUGUUGUAGCUUAUGGUAAAUGACUCACAAGAUUGAUUUAAGUUUAGGAUGUCAAUUUUGAAAAUUACUUAUAACAGUGAUGAUGAUAUCGUUUGAUUGAAGUUGGGGCCUCUGGCAUCCAGCACUGAGAGGUAAAGUCAGUUUUUCACAACUACAGAGUACUGAAUAGACUCAGCACUUGAAUUUGUUUCAUGAGAACUAGAUGGAGUGUGAUCUGUACAUUUUUACCUUCUUAUGACUGUCAGCAGCCAUAAUGUUCAAUUUUGUGUGUAUUGGUCCUGGAGCUUGAACUCAGGCCCUAAGAACUGUCCCUGAGCUUUUUUGCACAAGGCUAGCUAGUACUGUACCACUCAAGCCAUAACUCUACUAACUUUUUGGUAGCAAACUGGAGAUAAAAGUCAGCCCUAGCUGACUUUGAACUGUUGAUCCUUAGCUCUCAGCCUCCUCAGUAGUUAGGAUUACAGGUGUCAGACACCAGUGCACAACUGGUGGUUAAUCUUUCAAGUGCCAAAAGUAACAAGUUUUUAAAGAACACUAUAUU